CUGGGUGAGGAACGAUAGAGUACAGUAAGUAGAUAGAUAGUGGGAUAGACGAGGUAAAGCAAGCCAACUUGGUCGCUCGCCUGCCUGCAUUCCUUCUCAAACCGAAACCUAUCCGCUGCGAUACAAGUCUAUGUUUGAAUCGCCGCAGCUCAGAAAGAACACGCACAUUUUGAGAUAAAGUGUAUAUCACGCAGGAGGAUCCUAUCAAACGAAGGAGUAACCGUGAGAGAAGCACGAGAUACGGAGACAUGGCUGCGACAACCUGUACACGUUUCACGGACGAUUUUCAGCUUUACGAAGAGCUGGGAAAGGGAGCGUUUUCAGUGGUGCGCAGAUGUGUCAAGCUGUGUAGUGGACAGGAAUAUGCCGCCAAAAUAAUCAACACCAAAAAGCUAUCUGCAAGAGACCACCAGAAGCUAGAGAGAGAGGCCCGUAUCUGUCGCCUGCUCAAGCACUCCAACAUCGUCCGUCUCCAUGACAGUAUAUCAGAGGAAGGAUUCCACUACCUCCUGUUUGACUUGGUGACUGGAGGGGAGUUGUUUGAGGACAUCGUAGCCAGAGAGUACUACAGUGAGGCUGACGCCAGUCAUUGCAUCCAGCAGAUCGUGGAGGCGGUGCUACACUGCCAUCAAAUGGGCGUGGUGCAUCGAGAUCUAAAGCCAGAGAAUCUGCUCCUAGCCAGCAAAUGCAAGAAUGCUGCCGUCAAGUUGGCCGACUUUGGCCUGGCCAUCGAGGUGCAAGGAGAUCAGCAAGCCUGGUUUGGAUUUGCUGGUACACCGGGAUACCUGUCCCCUGAGGUACUGAGGAAGGAGGCAUAUGGCAAACCUGUGGACAUCUGGGCCUGUGGGGUGAUUCUGUAUAUCCUGCUAGUGGGCUACCCUCCCUUCUGGGAUGAGGACCAGCACAAACUGUACCAACAGAUCAAAGCUGGGGCCUACGAUUUUCCCUCUCCAGAGUGGGACACAGUCACUCCAGAGGCUAAGAACCUGAUUAACCAGAUGUUGACCAUCAACCCUGCCAAGAGGAUCACCGCCCAGGAGGCCCUCAAACACCCAUGGGUCUGCCAACGUUCUACAGUGGCGUCCAUGAUGCACAGACAGGAGACAGUGGAGUGCCUGAAGAAGUUCAACGCCCGGAGGAAACUCAAGGGUGCCGUUCUCACUGCUAUGCUAGUUUCCCGGAACUUCUCUGUGGGCGCUCGUUCCGCCACUGCUCCAAUCAGUGUCAGUGCAGCAGCAGCAGCAGCAGCCGCAGCAGCGGGCACCACCGGUGGGCUGGUGGAACAAGCAGCCAAGAGUUUGCUCAACAAGAAGGCAGAUGUCAAGCCCCAGACACCACAGACAAACAGCAGCAAAAACAGCAUAGUCACCAGCCCCAAAGGAAACGUCCCUACUCCUGUUCUGGAGGCUCAGACCACUGUUAUCCAUAAUCCAAUGGAUGGAACUAAGGAAUCAACUGACAGCAGUACCACUGUGGAGGAUGAGGAUGUGAAAGCACGUAAACAAGACAUCAUUAAGAUCACUGAACAGCUGAUCCAGGCUGUCAACAAUGGAGACUUUGAGGCAUACGCUAAGAUCUGUGAUCCUGGUCUGACCUCCUUUGAGCCCGAGGCCCUGGGAAACCUGGUGGAGGGAAUGGACUUCCACAGAUUCUAUUUUGAGAACCUUCUGUCUAAGAACAGUAAACCUAUCCACACCACCAUCCUCAACCCCCACGUCCACCUGAUUGGAGAGGACGCUGCCUGCAUUGCCUACAUCCGACUCACCCAAUUUGUCGACGGCCUGGGCCAUCCACGCUCCAGCCAAUCAGAGGAGACGAGGGUGUGGCACCGCCGGGACUCCAAGUGGCAGAACGUCCACUUCCACUGCUCGGGUGCCCCCGCUGCGCCUCUCCAGUGAUGUACGUGAGGAGGAGAAUGCCAAAGCCAUGUCUGACAAGAGUGUUCUGCUGGAGAGAGAGAGGGGGG